AUGGAAACUUCUGAAAGAAUUACAGAAAUGGAUAACUUUCCUAAAGCUUACAUUGAGAAGGUGAAGAAAACUGUGCCGAAAAAGGUGUUCGGAAACCUGACAUUUUUUCAUUGUCUGUACUCCGUUGUGAAUUUCUUAAUAUCCGACAGGGAGCAAAAAAAAGCGGAAUACGAAAAACGUCUGCGACGCCGAUUCAAAAUCGAGACGCCGAAGGUAGAUGUGAUACCGGAUGACAAAUGGUGGAUAUUUCGUGGAGACCGGGUAGAAAUACUAGUAGGAAAAGACAAAGGAAAGCAGGGCUUGGUGAACUACGUUGUCAGAGAACGGAACUGGUGUUACGUUGAUGGUUUGAAUUGUAAGUACGAAACUGUCGGUGCGGCGAAGGAACUUGGCUUCAACGGUACCCUGAGAAAAAUUGAACGACCUCUGGACGUCAGAACCGAGGUGGCGUUGGUUGACCCCGCGGAUCUAAAACCGACCCAGGUUGAAUGGAAGUGGGACGAAAAAGGGGAACGAGUGCGGUGCAGUUUACGAACUGGUUAUGUCAUCCCGACGCCAAUGAAAUCCGAAGAAACGUUUGAAUAUACGACUCGAGAGACUUACGUAGGUAAGUGGCUGCUGUUUUCUUCAUCGCAUGGUCGUCUAAACGAACGGCUGAAACAUAACGACUUCUAA